AUGAAAUUCAUUGUAUAUUUGCAUUUUGUCCCUCAAAUUCAUCCGGUCUUCAUUUUUACUUUCAAAAAACGAUUGGCACUAAUUCUGGAAACGCUCUACAAUUAUGAGAAACCCACGAUUUGCACUUUUUACAUUAUUUUUUUGCAUUUUCGGCACAAGCAUAUUAUUAGUAGCGUUGAUAACGACAAAAUUGAGGAUUAUUACUCAUACGGUGAGCCUGACGAUAUUGAUGACAACGAUUUUGACAAUCUUUUCUUCACUGAUAUUACUUUCAACUAUACCACUUUUAUCUUUCUAAGCACAUCUCAGCAUACCACUUCCCCUCUUGCCAUGAAUAUCCUCACACAAUUAAUGCGAGAUGGUCACAUAACUGAUGCAGUGCUACCUUGGAACACUGGCAGACCACUUGUACUUAGACUUAAUCGGACGACUACGGGACAAAAUGCUGGUAGAAUUAUCGGCGUUCAAGUCGUAUAA